GCGGUUUUGUUGACUACUUUAUGAAUAUCGUAAAAUACGACAAAAUAAUCGAUUACUUGUUAGUCAAUUCGUUUCAGAAGAAAAUUGGAUGCAAUAAAUGUGAUUAACUUAUAUUAGUAUGGAUUUAAAUUUGUGUAGAGUGUGUUUAGAUAAGUCCGCAACCAUUUCUGUAUUUAGUAAAGAAAAUGGUAUUCAAUACAGUGCUAAAAUAAUGCGAUGCGUCAAUAUAAACAUUAAUGAAGAAGAUGGAUUACCAACAAUGUUAUGUUUUAAUUGUAUUACUGAGCUAUCUGUAUGCUACCAAUUUGUGCAAAAAUGUGAAGCGACCGACACAACUUUACGGUCAUUAUCCAAUGACUAUUUCAGCGAAAUGCAAACAAAAAACGAAGUAGAAGUUAAGAUUGAAAAUGUUAAAAACGAAUUCGAACAUGACCUUGAUAUGUCAGAUGCGGCUUCUGAACAUUUGCAAAACAUUGAGAAAAAGCAGGUUAAAAGGAGAGAACGAAAAAAGUUUAAAAAGAAGGUGCGAAGAACCAAAGCUGCACCUAUACAAUGUGUUAUUUGUGGUCUGCUUGCAAUAAGCCCAUCGGCGAUGCAAAAUCAUAUGCGCAUCCACACUGGUGAGAAACCAUUCGAUUGCUCGUUUUGCGAAGCUAAGUUCCGUACCAAAGGUGCUAUGAAGCGGCACGUCGACACCUACCACUGCGAGCGCGAAAGAAAAUUUACUUGUGAAACGUGCGGCAAUAGCUUUUUUAGAAAAAAUGAUAUCAUCACACACAUGAGAGUUCACUCCGGAGAGAGACCUUACGUCUGUCCAUUCUGCUCGCAGCGCUUCCGGCAGGCAGCGUCUUUGAUACGACACAAGCGCACGCACACAGGUGAAAAGCCUUAUUCUUGUCCAAUAUGUGAUAAGAAAUUUGCUGACAAAAAUCUAGUCAGGAAACAUCAAAGUGUGCACAGUGAGGAGAGGAACUUCAGCUGCCAUCUGUGUAACAAGUGCAUGAAAUCAAAGACUGCACUGAAUGCGCACCUGAAUUUGCAUACAAACGAAAAACAGAACAUUUGCAGUUUUUGUGGCAUGGCCUUUGCAAUGAAAGGCAACUUGCAGACGCACAUACGACGAGUGCACUCUGAGAAGUCAGGGCAGUGCAAUAUUUGUUUGAAGACAUUUUCGAACCUUGAGGUACAUAUGCGUAAACACACGGGUGAAAAGCCUUUCACCUGUGGCUUGUGUAAUGCAGCAUUUGGAGUAAAACGGAGUCUUGCUCACCAUAUUAUGUUUAAGCAUGAGAAUGCUGAAAAAUUCAAGUGUUCUAUAGGUGAUUGCACCAAAACAUUCCCCACGGCCACCAUGCUGGAGUUCCACUUGCUAAAGCAGCACACAAACCACACUCCAUACAUCUGCCAGUAUUGUUCCCGGGGUUUCUUCCGCACAAGUGAUCUCUCCAGACAUCUUAGAGUUAGCCAUAUUGACACACAAAUUAAGCCAAUAUCUUUAAAACCUUUAGUUGUGAAGCCGUGCACUUUGCAAUACCCACUUCCAAAUAUCAUGUAAAACUAAUAAUACAUACAAUACUAUACAACUUAAGAUGUAGUUCUUUUAAUAUGUCAAAUACUGAAAUCCAUCAUGAUAUCACAUAUUGUGAAUAUAUUGUAAAUUAAAUUGACACAUUUUAUUUAAAUUUUUAUAGGAAAUUAAGUAUACAACACAUAUUUUGGCCAUUCCUUUUUGAAGAAUUGAUUCUGAAUAAAAAUUAGAACUUAGAUAAAUAUAAUUAAACCAGUGUUUUUAUCUUAUGUGUAUCUUUAAGAUGUCUUUUUUCUUAAUUAAUAUAUACAAUUUAUAUUUAUUCAGUAUGUAAGUUUGUUCUUUAAAAAAUUAGUGAUUCUAAUUGUACUAGUCAUUAAGAGUUAUUUGAAAGACUGAAAACCAUGUUUGGCUUAAGUUACUUCUAUUGUAAAAUUACUUAAAAAAAUGUCUUUAAACUUUCACAUGGUAGUGAGCCUCAGCGCAACAUGAGCCUUCUAAUGUAAUUCAAACUUGUGCAUCUAGUCAGCACCAUGAAGUAAAGACAAUCAAUAUUAACAAUAAAGUAUUUUUACUUU